AUGGGCAAUCCGAAAACAUCAACCAGUUCUAUAGUCCGCAAUAUAGCGGCUAUACCAACUGAACUCGCUCACCAAAUCAUCGAUGACCUGCGAGUAUGCGACAUCCUCAAGCUGCUAUGCUACGAUAAUGAUCGAGUAGACGCUUGUAUCAUGUCCCAUCCAAUCUGCCGCAACAUGUUCGGUGCCGACCCAGAAACCUUCGCCAAGUGCAAAUUCGCUGCCCACUUCUACAAAGAUCUAUUCAUGGCAGUGGGAAAGGCAUUCGUACCAAAAGACUGGCUUGCGGCAGACGAUCUUGGCGCGAAUAUCCACUGUCUCAGGCCUCGUCAAUACGGAUAUAUCCUGUCCCAUAUGAAGGAACGCAUUCGUGAUGAGCUCAAUAUCCAUUGGUGCAAAACAGACCUGACUCGGUUCGGUGCUCCUAAUUACUCCAACCAAUCUGGAUAUCUCAAGAGAGACUAUUCUUUCGAACAGCUGAAGGAAUGCUGGCAUGACAUACAGAAAGCAAAGGCCAAUUUAUUUCAGUCGAGGGCUUCGGAGCUUCGCUGGACUGCUGAUAUGCUGGAAGCAAAUCCGGAUAUCCUAAAACGCACACUGGACCCGGCACAGGAAUUUCGGCCAAAUACCGCACACAUCGUGUCGAGAUUGCGGCAUACCGCUGAUGCAAUCAUGCGGACCCCGGCCGCGUUCAUCGGUUCAGAACACUUCAGUUAUGACUUUCUGAAUAUCACCCCGUUCGACUCGGCCUUGCACCAACUGUUGCAUAUGAUGCAGAAGCAUGGUAUCACAGAAGGUGAUCAGCUUGUGGCGAGCAAAACAAUUGCUUCAACUGGUGCCGCUUCGCACCCAUCUUCUAUCAUCAAUUCUGUCCAAAUUGUUAUUGAUGGAAUGCCGAAAUUUUAUAUCUCACCUCCGGAGACGGCAGCGCAAAAAGCUGAAUUUGUGUGGAGGAAUGCAGUCAACAAAGAUGGCGAUCUUCUUCGAACAGCGAAUACUCCGUGGUCCGAACCAUGUGGUGCAAGUGAACGAGUUUCUUUAGAGGGACCUUAUUUUACAAUGUUCAAAUAUGGUAGCAACAUAAGUUACCAGAGGCCAGAAGCCCUUUACUGGGACCCUCACCACGAGAUGGAGAAAGAAUGGCUCACCAGUUUUGUCGAAGUUUAUCGGUACUUGAAGAACUUGGAUGGGUAG